GUUCAUAUUAGCAGCUGUAGAUAGUAUUUCUUCUGUAUUUUCACCUCACAGAUGUCACUAUUCGGACAGCUAAUUAGUAUGUCGCCUGGUCGUGAUUCCCAGAUCGAUGCAAAGCAUUGCGAAGCAUGAUGUGAUAUGUCAAAAUAUUGUGAAUUUUGGUGAAUACAUUUUAUGAUUAUUACGAUUGAGUACGCAGAUUGACGUGGGAACAAUUGAAAAAUUUUCUUGUUAAGGAAGCGGUAUUUUCCAAAAUGGAAGUAAUCUUGACUCGUGGAUUGAGAUUUAGCUCUGAUUUAAGCAAUGCCUCUAUAUUGCUGACGAAAUAUCUUCCAUUGUCGGCAUGUUACACAUGUCACGUUAAUACAACACGCUGGAGAUCGGCAUUUCCUGAAAGGUACCAUCGUUAUAGAAUCGCGUCGCAUAAUUCUUUAGGCCUGGUAAGUAAUAUACUUACGUAUCGAAGGCCACUGAAACAGGACGUUAACAAAAAUGGUAUUACUCUGGCAUACUAUUCGGAUUCUAAGCAAAGCUCCGAAAAUGAUUGUCAGAAAUCUCAGAUGGAACAGAAAAUGACAGUAUUCCAAAAAAUGAAACAAAUGACCAAAGAUUAUUGGCACGUAUUAAUACCUGUACACGUGAUUACCUCCAUAGGAUGGAUAGCUAUAUUCUAUACUGCUGUUAGAAAUGGUGUGGAUGUAGUACAGCUAUUGGAAUACAUGAAUUUUAGUGAGAGAUAUGUAGAUUUAAUACGUAACUCGAGUGCAGGCAACUGGGCUAUUACUUAUGCGCUUUAUAAGAUAUUUACACCGCUGAGAUACACUAUUACUGUUGGAGGGACGACAAUGGCUAUUAGAUAUUUAAGUAAAAUGGGAUACGUGAAGGCGCCAUCAUUCAAGCUUCGUUCAACAGAGCCAAUACAGUCAAACAAAUGUGCAGCAGAACACAAGGCAAAAUUGAAGGCGGAAUAUAAAGCGGAUCGAUCGAACACAGAACCGCCAAAACCAUAAAUAUCUCCCCCCGUAAUAUGUCAACUUACGAAUUGGGUUUGGCGUAGCUCGGGGAUUCACUGUACCGCGAUAUCGAUGUAUUUUUGAUUGUAAAUAUAUAUUAUAUUAUAAUAAAUCAUCUCCCACAUUA